AUGGACAACGCUACAUUCAGAUACAGUCUACUCUUAGUAGAGGGACUGAAGAUUCCACCCCAGUCAAUCCAUCUGUCCUUUAUCAUCCUUUUGAUCACUUACAUAUUUAUAACAAUUUUCAACAUUGGGAUUGUGAUUCAGAUCUUAGUUGAAAAAAGUUUACAUGAGCCCAUGUAUAUUCUAUUCUGCCAGCUACCCAUAAAUGAUGUGAUAGGGGCAUCUCUUGUUAUACCACGCAUGCUGAAGGAUAUUUUAACAGAUCCCUCUGCACGCUACAUCACUUAUGUGGAGUGUGUUUUUCAAGCAUUUUUUAACCAUUUGUAUGGAACAACAUCUCACACUAUACUCAUAAUUAUGACCUUUGACAGAUACGUAGCCAUAUGUAAUCCAUUGAGAUAUCCAUCAAUAAUGAAUACCAGAAUGAUUGUAAAAUUAUCUCUAGGAGCCUGGGGUGUUGCAUUACUGCUGGUGGGAAUUCUGAUCGGUCUGUCUGUACGUCUGUCUCAUUGCAAAUCAGUGAUUUACAAUCACAUCUGUGACAAUGCUUCGCUGUUUAAACUGUCCUGUGAAAGUGUGGUGAUCAAUAAUGUGUAUGGAUUGACUUUUACUGUGGUUUUACUCACCUCUUCAAUGGGAAGUGUGUUUGUGACAUAUUUCAGAAUAGCAAUGAUAUGCAUCAACAGCAAAAACAAAGCAACAAAUAGCAAAGCCAUAAAAACCUGCAGCACUCACUUGACUGUUUAUUUAAUCAUGCUGAUAUCUGGACUCAUACCAAUUGUUCUUCAUCGUCUCCCAGAAAACCCUGAAGGUAGAAAAGUAGCUAGUAUACUUUUCCAUGUCAUACCUCCAUGCAUGAAUCCCGUAAUAUAUGGUUUGCAGGCCAAAGUAAUAAGACAAAAGGUUUUUAAACUUUUUACUAAUAAUAAGUAG